CAUAACAAUACCAAAUCCUUGACCUUAAACUUCAUUAGUAGUGGCUCAAGAAAACACGUCAAUAUUUCCAAUUUGUGGAUGAAAAUUUGCAAACAUAUUUGAAAACUAAAUCUAUACUGGGCAGCAAGGAAAAGUGUGUAUUGGGAGGCAUAAAGUUUUAUUCGAAAACCUUAAGAUUCAUAAAAACUAAAAUGCCGAAAAUCGAGAAAGUGAAAGUAAAUGUAAAGGAGCGGGUAGAUGAGAACGUUUGUGAUUUGAGUUUGAGUGGAAUCAAUGAGAUUCCUGUACGAGAAAUAGCUUCCUUUAAGCGGGUUACUGUGUUGGAUCUGUCGAGUAACUGUAUAACCUCAUUGGGAAAAAAUUUCGUCACACUUACACGACUCAUUAAACUCGACUUGAGUAAAAAUCAAAUCCGAUAUUUACCAGAAGAAUUUGGAUUACUUCGAAAUUUGCGGCAUUUAGACUUGUAUGAUAAUAAACUGGAACAUCUGCCAUUAAGUUUUGGCAAUUUAACAAACUUACGAUAUCUGGAUUUGAAAGGGAAUCCUCUCAUACCAGCGUUAGCAAAAGUAGUGGGUUUUUGCUUGACCACAAACGAAUGCCGGGAUUCAGCCAGGAACACUGUAAAAUUCUUGGCUCGGAUGCAAACUGAAGCUGAAGAGACUAAGGAGCAGUACAAACUUGAGGCGUUAACAAGCAACGCUGUUGCUGCCGAAGAUGUUGGCACCGAAGAGAAACCACUCGAAAACCAAAAAUCAAAAAAAUCUGCAGCUAAGAAAGCUAAAUCAAAACCAAAGAAAUCAAAAACAACCAACAAUGAUAUAAACAAUGAAGGGAAUAUUGCACCAAUAAAUAUUAAUAAUAAGACAACAAAGUCAAGAAAGAAUUCUAAUGGGCCAACGAAAAAGUCCGUCUCAAAAUCCAACACAGCUCUUACAACUGUUUUGUCAUUUUUUUUUCUACUCGCAAUAAACGUUUUAAUUAUAUAUUUAAUUAUGUUCAAGAAUCCUGAGAUUGCCGAUAAAUUGGUUGAGUUUAUUCCUCAUCAAUAUCGUGACUGGAUAUUGACUAAAACGGAAAUCUUUCGUCUUCGUGUCACCGACUGGAUUUCGGAAUUUCGCACACCUCCACAGGAACACUGACGGUUCAUUUACUUGAAGCCGUAAGCCAAAAAGCGAGCUUCAAAUACAAAGAUAUUUUGAAAAAAAGCGAGGGAUAUAUAUAAACAACACCAGCUCAUACCGAAUUGUUGAGCUAAUUGUGAAAGAGAAGAGGAGCAGUAAUGAAUGCAUGUACACACGCUUUGUAAUUAAGAAUUUACCUGAGAUUACCGCGCGUGCAACCAAAGAUCAUUCUAAAUAUCGAAGUUAAGAACUUUAUUUUGAAUAGGGGAUAUAACUUGAAAGUGAAGUGCUUUCAGUAAAUAUUAAUUAAGGCUUUUACACUGCCAAUAAAUUCAAUCGUAAAAUUAGUUUUCAUUAUGAAUUUACUCGAAACAAAACACAUUACAACACCUAAUACAUUAUAAGCAAACCUCUUGAGCAUAUGCACACAGAUGUUAACUAAACUACUUAAAUCACAGAGCUGCAGACUACAUAAAUAUAAAGCUACACAACUUCAAUUAUAUUAUUACAAUAAUAUUUACGAAAUAAACUUCAAUAGUUCCAGAUUAGCAAAAGAAACUAAUACACUCAUACAGAAAUCCUAAGCAAUAGACUAAAAGCAACAGACAACAUACAUAAAUAUGCAAGAGAUUACAAAAAUUAAAAAUUCAACACAAGCAAAGCUGUCAAAUAUUUUUCGACCACUCAUUCAGUUUAUUAAUUCCAUAGCCACUAGGAAUUCUCAAAGAAUUUCCCACACACAUAGCUUUCUUUUAAUUAUGUUAACUUGUUGAUUGAUUGUAAUAAGUUUUUUUUGUAUAUUUUACUCUAUAAUAUUAUAUAUUAGUUUACAUACAUAUACACAUAUUAUACAUAUUUACAUAUAAUAUUUUGUUGCGUUAGUUGCAUCAAAAGAAUAUUUUUCUCAUUACAUGUAUCGCAAUCACGGAUUUUUUUAAUAAUGUAAAAACUAAUA